GCCGAGGUGACUAGACCCCUCAGGGUUUACUUGUCCUGCCAUCUUAAGGGACCAAAUGUGCCCCACCCCAGCCUAGUCCUAGGCAAAGCCCCGCACCGUGAUCUUUAACUUGUCAACCAGCCCAUCAGCCUCAACUGUCAAGUAGCUGACAAUCCAUCAUGGGUCCUAUAUAACCCCAGGUCCAACUCGCACAAUCUUUGGUCCAGGUUGAUCCUCCCCUCCCCUCCCUCCCCGCGCACUCGACGCUAUCGAACAUUGGCCAUCCCGAUCGCCUCAACGCUUACGAAUCAAAGUUCUCAUUGGAAAAUGAAUGCUGCAGCCGCUUUCGACCCCGUGAUCGAUGUUGGGCCCUCGCUGAUCGGGGCAUUCAUCACUUUCUUCUUUUUCGGGUGUAUGUUUGUUCAGACGUACAUGUAUUCUUAUUACUGGAGGAGCGAUCACUGGAUGAUUAAGGUGCUGGUCACUUUGGUCAUUGCAAUGGAGCUUGGACACCUUGUCGGUACGACGCAGGGCGUGUGGGCGAUGACGAUAGGUACACUUGAAGCCCUGAUACAUCCGACGGCGACUUCUUCCAGCGCGUUCUCCGUCGGCUCAAACGUCGCUGCCAUCUUGGGUGUGCCUAUUGCCUUCUUCACUCGGUUGUUCUUCCUCUACCGCUUCAGACGUUUCUCUCGCGCUUGGACAUUCCCCUCCCUCUGCGGACUCCUCUCGCUCGCACAUCUCGUACUCGGUCUUCUUGUCUGGUCGCGUACCGUCGGCGCGACAAAUCCGCAGGGGUUCCGGGAGCAGAACGCCAUGCUCAUCGAGGCAGUGCUCGCCAUUGAGCUGGUCGCAGACACGUUCGUCACCGGAGGGAUCGCGUACUACCUGUGGGACAGCGGACGUAGCGUGUUAAAGACUUCGAAGGCGUCAAAAACGGUCAGGCAGCUGACGCUAUGGACAGUUGAGGCUGGUCUUGCAACGACCAUCACAGACCUGAUCAUUGUAAUCGCCUUCGUAACCAUGCCAGCCAACUUCCUCUGGACAGGCAUUUAUACCUUCCAGCCUAGCAUCUAUGCCAACACCCUACUUGCAGCACUCAACAGCCGGAAACGGCUUUCACGCGACCGCACGCCCGCGCACAUCAACACGGACAGCCUUCGGAACCUGACGACCUUUACCCCGGAAAAGCGGACGUUCUCGUUCCGCCGCAUGAUGUCUCGCGCCGAUUGGCGUAUUCUCGAGAAAUACGCAUAUCGUGUGCAUACUCUGAGCGUGGAAGCCUCGUCGCAUGCCCAACCUAUUGCCAGCGUGGACCCUGACGUCUUAAGCGUGGUCCAAGUGCACAGUGGCGGAGCUCUGCUCCCCAACCUGCGAAAGCUCUCGGUGUCUGACAACGAUGGCCCAGACGGCGACGAAGUCCCUCACACCGCUGCAUUCCUGCGCAACAUGGUCCACUUUCCUUAUCUGUUCUUCACCUCGUCCAUUAGAUCACUCGAACUCGACGAUGUCCUGGAAAAUUCACUGCAUAUUCUAGGCGCAGUGAGUCGGGCAAUUCCAUUACUCGAGCAUCUCAGCUUUUCCGUGUGGGACCAGGCUGGAGAUGAAUUCCUGGAGCUCUUGGAAGAUGCGACAUGCAGGAUACCGAAGCUUGUUUCGUUUCAUCUUUAA